CAUUCCAAAAUUGUCAGGACAAAUAAAGUGAGGUUUCGGAAGAAGUAACUUUUCAACUUCGUGUUUUCUACUCGAGAUUGUGAAUUUGUUUGAUCCAAAAUGGCUCUUCUUAAUAGGAGACUGAAGGAAAAACCUACUGAUGAGGUUGCUUUGCUGAUCGAGCCYGAAAAAGUGGUUCUUGUCGAUGUKGAAGACGACGAGGACGAAGAGAUCGAAGAAGAAACUUUUACACAUCACGGAAUUACCCUAUGGGUGUCYGAUGCUGUUAUCCUAAUUGUACAACAUUUACAAAUCUUCGCUUUAGUAUUAGCGAUGUCAGAACGAUGGGGAUUUCCAUUUGAAUUUAUCAAAGAAGUUUAUUACAUUUUUAUUGURAACUUAGACGUUUGGGAGUAUGUCAAAGUGAGUUCAGGAGCCUAUUCUGGCUCAACCACAAGUUAUGUCAAAACCUCAAGCUUGCCAUUUGGAUAUCAGCCAUACUUCAUAGCGUGGAGUGCUCUGUUCUUCGUUACAUGUUUAGCUUUUCUUUGUACUUACAUACACUUUAAAGUAAAGAGGCCGUUGUAUUUGCUUCUUCAUGUUGCAAGGUUAAAGAGAAUUUUCUGUGUGCUUGCACAACUCGCAUGUAUUCCAGUUGGUAUUGUCAUUGUAAGAGUCUUCCACUGCCAUGAGAAUGGAAACAAGCUUUUGAUCUGGACUGUUGAUAAUACUGUGCAGUGCUGGACAAUGCCACAUUAUGUCUAUGUUGCAGUUGCAAUGGUCAUUGCAGUCAUGGUGUUUGUUGCUUAUCCAAUCAACCUCAUCCGAAAGACCAGGGGUCAGGUUAUCUCAUUUGAUCCUGAUAAGCAUGAAGGAUACUUACAGCUCAAAGAAUCUGAGUACAACCAGGGAUUGGACAUAUUAUGGGCUGUUGGACAAUUCCAUCUCUUCUCAUCAUUCAGAAGAAUGUGGAUAUACUAUCGUCCAAUCAUCUUCUACCUCAAGUUCUUCCUUCUUUGUUUUUAUGGAGGACUUACGUUUUAUCCUUCCAGGUCUCUGAGUCUGAAAUUAGCUCUGAAUAUCUCUAUUGCAGGUUCAUUUGUUAUCAUUGUUUUUGUGAUGCUGAGUUCAAGUGUUGCCAAACCACCCAUCUCAAGGUUCAGAGCUUUUAUCUUUUGGUUCAUCUUCAAGUUUGUUAAAGAGUUCAUCUUCAUUAUCUUCAGCGUCAAGCUAGACAUGCUUCUUCCAAAGUUUUUCCUUGUGUUGGUUGCAUUUGGUGCCUACAGUAUUGACAGCUCAGGUGGUGGAAUGGGAUUCCUGAUGUCACUGUUGAUCAUCAUCAUGUUACGAUCACCGCCAUUCAGAGUCACUCCAUUUAACUUCAUGAUUGUUUUCUGCUUUUUGGUGAAUUCUGGUAAUGUCUACUUUGGAUGUGUCAUAGAGAAGAAUAAGUUCAGUGAUAUCUUGAACCCAUUGCUUGUCCAUCCAUACCCAUAUUAUGGCAUCAUAGCCUUGAACAGCAUCUGGUUGGCAGUUGCAAUUGGAUGGAUAAUUUACCUUCUGCUCAGAUACUACCAAGUCAUUGGUGGCAAGAGACCACUGUGGCCUACACUUUCAAGAGAUGGUAAGAGUGACAUGGAUACAGAAACAAAGAAAUAUAUGCGGGCAGUUCUUCGUGGCCGCCAUAUCCUAGAGAAAGCUCUGUCAAGCCCACCUAUAUUUGCUCCAGUUCAUGAAAUAGAGAGACAGAUUCAUGUUAUCAAUGCCUAUUGCAGGGAGGCAGAAUAUCUUGAGGAUCCAACUUUUGAAUCAUUAUGGGACUUGCUUGAUGAGCUGAUUGAGGCACACAGGGYAUUGUCACCUUUAUCAAUGUUUUCCCAAUCUGUCAAGAAGUCUGUAAGAGAAACUUCAAAGGAAUUCAUGAAGUUGAUGCCUCAGAUGCGAAAACGUCUYGACCAGCGAGAACAUGACUUCAUUCUAAUGGACCCUGUCAAAAAGCGAAUGCUGUUGAAAAUGUAUGUCCUUGGGGCCUUUGUGAAUGGCAGAUGUGACAAGAUUCGAUAUGAAGUUGAGAAGAAAGUUCACAAAAGCCUUGAGCAAGCUGCAAUCAGACCAAUAUCAUCARUCAUGAGUAGUGUUAACUCUACCGACUGGGAUAGUAUAUAUGGUACAAAGGACCAUUAUGACAGUGACAUGUAUGGUACCAAUUCCAGUUCAGGCAGCAGACCAGGAACUUCCCUCACAUCAAGAGUUGAUAGUGUUGAUAAGCUUCUURAUGAAGUAGAUACUUGGGAAGAGGACCACAAGCCAGRCAGACCAAAAAGUGCUAUGAAAACGCAGUCUAUAAGCUCAUUGCGCUCUACUCAAGAAUUCAGUUCUGGGCAAGACAGUUCCCCAACAGAAUCAUUUUCAUCAACAACCUCACUUCCUGGACAAGUAACCUUUGAUGAAUACCCCAAAGAUACACAACCCAAGAGACCCAAAUCAGCUCCACAAAAAGACAACAACCAGAAAACUGUGAAAAGCUCACUUGGGACACUUUGAACACUAUGAACAUGUGUCAUAAUCAGUUCUGAGGAUAUUUGUUACAAUGAGCAUUGAUCUAUAAAUAGUCACAUGUAUCUGUUUCAUAGUGUAAAAUAAUGUAAAUAUUGUAUAUAUAAGAAGCACGAUCUGUUUUGAUCUUUUUCAAAUAAAUAUAAUCUAUUAUCA